GGUAGACAGUGACGUCACCUCACGGUUCGCCUCGGCUGCUUCGGGCUCGGACUCGGGGACGUUUGUUGGCGUUUUUGUUUGGAUCAUUUGGUGGGAUUUGUGCAGCUCCAGGCCGCUGUGAUCCAGACGCUCUGAAGGCCGGAGUCGAGGAGCAGCAAAGAUGAAAUGGAUGUUUAAGGAGGACCAUUCCCUGGAGCACCGAUGUGUGGAAUCAGCCAAAAUACGCAACAAAUAUCCUGACAGAGUACCGGUCAUAGUGGAGAAGGUUUCUGGGUCUCAGAUCGUGGACAUUGAUAAGAGGAAGUACCUGGUUCCGUCUGACAUCACUGUGGCCCAGUUCAUGUGGAUCAUCAGGAAACGCAUCCAGCUGCCUUCAGAGAAAGCCAUCUUCCUGUUCGUCGACAAAACCGUCCCACAGUCCAGUCUGACCAUGGGCCAACUCUACGACAAGGAGAAGGACGAGGACGGCUUCCUGUACGUGGCUUACAGCGGAGAAAACACCUUUGGUUACAAGGCCUUUUAUACAACACGGGGUUAACGCUUUAUUCAAUACCUGUCUCUGUCUGUCUCUGACACAAACAUAUACAGUAUCUACGUAUACACACACCGUAUACACACACUGCACAGUAGGGCCUGACGAAUCCUGGUGCACCAUGUUUCCAACACCGGCCUUUACUGGUCCACAACGAGUACACCCAGGCACCGGCACAGUCAUUUAUGGCCGAUUUUUGAUACUGAAACGACACAUUAAUGGUGAAAAUUAACCAAAAGAUUAAAAGAAACAACCUUAUUCUUUUAUUUCUCUGAUUAUCAUUAGUGCCAAGCAAUGCCUAACGAUAACGCCUUCAGUGGAGCAACGAUUUAAAGGCCAGUUGUGGAGAGAAAUCCUUAACACUGCCGGAAAAUAGUAAAAAUAAUUUUAAAAAAAGAUCACCAUACACAUUAUAGGCACAUGGAGUAUUGGUAAUUUUCUAAAUAUUGGCAUCAUUUGAGGCUCUGUCACGUACAUCUGCAGGUCAUAACACCACACAUCACAGCCAUGCUCUGUUUCUCUUCAGCCCAACCCUGUAAUCAUGUGACUAGAAUCAUUAAUUAACCAUAUUAUGGAUGUAUUUGUAUGACGUAUCAUAUCAUGUAUAAAACCUGAGUAUGUAUUAAAUUCCACAGGUACACAGAAGCAUGUGAAUGAAGGCAGCUAACGCUAUGGAAACGGUGAAUAUGAGAACGUGUGCAGUGCAGAUACUUACUGAAAGCUUCCUGUUAUGAUUAUUUACCUUUUUUUGCACAUUAUGUCGGUUAAUAGGCGUCAGCACUGGCCAUGUUUCAGACUCCACAGCGAGUACAGAAACACUUUACUUCAUGGUUUUAAGGUGCGGUGUAGAUUUAUGCAAACCUGUGAGGUGGAGUUUUAUGCUCGGUGGUGGUUGGUUGUUGAUGCGGUCAGAGUAUAAAAUGUCCUUUCACCAAUUCCACUGACUCAUAUUAUAUUAAAUAGGUGUUUCGUAAAUAAUACUAAAUGAAGGUCACAUGACGACUUUAAAACCGCCCAGAUCCUUCCAUUGGAGAAUUAACCCGUUUCAUUUCACAUAUGUCUGCGUUGGCUUUUGGAGCUGACAUCCUGGGGAUGUUUAGCAUUAGCUUACCCAUAAUCCAUCACAGAUGACUCUGAUCCUUAGCGCUCCUGCAGCUCCACCUCUUUUUGUCCAAAUAUGGUCACUUCUGGCUCCAGACAACCAACGUUGAUGUCCAAAACACAAACUCCUGACUUCAAAAUAACCAACAGGUGAUGUCACGGUUCCUCUGUCUAUGAUAAAACACAAGUUAAUGUUAUCAUAGCAUUAGCUUAGCAUGGAAUUAGCAUCAACAACCAUCUCCCAGUACAACACAGCCAAACAUACACUGUGUACAUGUACGUGCAUGAAAUUGAUAAAACCAGUAAGAAAAAAAAAAAAAAAAAAAAGACAGUAAAGCUAAACUAAAAGAUGAUUAAUUUAGACUAAAAGAUGGGAAGACUAUAUUAUUUGAGGAUUAAACCAGAUUAAAAGUUGGUAAAACUUAAGAGAAGUGCAAUUUUAACAGUAUUGUGCAUGUUUUGUGUCUUGGUAGAUCCACUGUGAUCUGUAAAUUGUAAUGCACAAGUGUAAAUAAUUAACUGAGGCUUACUUAUUUUUCCUAAAAAAAAUUUCAUGUUGUUCGUAGUUGUUCAUGUUAAUCACUUUUUUAAGGGAUAAUCUGUAGAUGUUACAUUUUCCUUAAUGCAGUUUAUCUUUUUUCACUUUAAAACAUGGAGAAAAGUUUGUAGUUGUCAUUAUUUAUAGGUUAUUAUGUUACUAUUUUACUGUUCUGUCCCAUUUUACAUCAUAUUGGACUGAAUGUGGUCCCUGUUGCAGAUAUAUUUUCAGUUCUUGCUGGUGAUGUAACCAGCAACAGGAAGGACAUUUUGAAGGUAUUCUGGGAAA